GGUUUGCACAAAACUCUCGCUUUACACGUUACGUCGAUGGUCGCUAAGCAACAUCCGUUUAUUAGAGGGCUUUCUGAGCUGGUUCCACACCCUUCACCGUUGUUAUCUGUUUCACAGGACAAGCCAGAAGAUUGGUUCGAUUUCAAGCAACCUUCACUUUGGAUCGUAAUCGCAUCAAUUGUAUUCAACCCCUUAUUCUGGAAUAUCGUUGCUCGCCAAGAAUAUCACAAUAAGCUACUCACAAAGCUCGCUGGUGGUAGACCAUAUCUUGGCUGUUACCUCCUUGCUGUUACCAUUUUCUCAUUAGGUAUCUUGCGUGAUCAUCUGUUUCAGAGUGCUUUAGCUGAACAACCAAACUUGGCUCCACAUCCAUACUACCCAACUGCGCAUGUAUACAUUGCUCUCGCUUUGUUCCUCUCUGGCCAAAUCUUAGUUAUAACUUCUAUGCUUGCGUUAGGCGUUACUGGAACCUACUUGGGCGACUACUUUGGUAUACUUAUGAGCCACCGCGUUACAAGUUUCCCAUUCAAUGUUGUUGAGGAUCCAAUGUACAUUGGCAGUACACUUUGUUUCUUCGGUACUUCCAUUUGGUACAGGUCACCUGCUGGUAUCGCAAUCAGUGUAUUCGUCUUCAUCGUAUACCAAAUAGCUCUCAGAUAUGAAGGUCCAUUCACUGCUAUGAUUUACUCAGCUAAGGACAAGAAGACAGAAGAAGCUUCACCAAAAGCAGCGCCAGUGAAAGCCCCAGUAGAGCCAGUAGAGUCUUCUCCAAAUAACUCACCUGCUUAUAGGACUAGAAGUCGCGCUAGAAAGGUCAUUGACGAGUAAAAUUUUCAAAUGUUUUGGUUUUCUCAACAAAAUCGAAUAGGAUUGUAGUGUAUGAAUAAAAUUAAAUAUCUAUCUAAUCAUUUAUAAAUUAAUUAACCAAAGUGAAUGUUCUCAUCGUGGAAUGCACUAAGUAAUCUGAAUCCCAAAGUUAGCAUGUAUAGGAGGAACGGAUCGCACUUACUUAAGGAAAUCAUCAACGUCCAUUUUCGCGGCACGGCUUUCUGCAAAGCCAGUUUGUACUAAUAUCCUUUCGACUCUGCUCUUAAUGUUCUCUGAGUCGUCUAUCAUCUACAUACCAGUCAAUUGAUU